CCAUGCAAACCCCCGAACCACAUUGCGCCAGGUCAACCCCCAAUUAGCAUAGGUCCAGGCAAACCCCCGAACCACAUUGCGCCAGAUAACCCCCCAAAUAGCAUAGGUCCAUGCAAACCCCCGAACUGCAUUAUGCCAGGCAAACCCCCGAAACAAAUUAUGCCAGAUAACCCCCCAAAUAGCAACGGUCCAUGCAAACCCCCGAACUGCAUUAUGCCAGGUCACCCCCCA